GAAAGCGAUCGUCCAGAUCUGAGUAACUUCAUGGAGAGUGGAGAGUGGGUGAUGAAGGACUACCGUGGCUGGAAGCACUGGGUUUACUAUGCUUGCUGCCCUGACACCCCCUACCUGGAUAUCACCUACCACUUCCUCAUGCAGCGCCUGCCUCUCUACUUCAUCGUGAAUGUCAUCAUUCCCUGCUUGCUCUUCUCCUUUUUAACUGGAUUAGUGUUUUACCUACCCACAGAUUCAGGUGAGAAAAUGACUCUCAGCAUCUCUGUCCUGCUGUCUUUGACCGUGUUCCUUCUGGUCAUUGUGGAGCUGAUUCCCUCCACCUCCAGUGCAGUGCCUCUGAUAGGCAAAUACAUGUUGUUUACAAUGGUGUUUGUCAUCGCUUCAAUCAUCAUCACAGUCAUCGUCAUCAACACCCACCACCGCUCCCCAAGCACUCACACCAUGCCACACUGGGUCAGAAAGAUCUUUAUUGACACAAUCCCAAAUGUCAUGUUUUUCUCUACAAUGAAACGACCAUCCAGGGAUAAACAAGACAAAAAUAUUUUUGCAGAAGAUAUUGAUAUUUCUGAAAUUUCUGGGAAGCCAGACUCUGUGCCCGUCAACUUCUACUCCCCACUUACCAGAAAUCCAGAUGUGAAAAAUGCUAUAGAGGGAAUCAAAUACAUUGCGGAAACUAUGAAAUCGGACCAAGAAGCCAGUAACGCUGCAGAAGAAUGGAAGUUUGUUGCGAUGGUGGUUGAUCAUCUUCUCCUUGGCAUAUUUAUGCUAGUUUGUAUUAUAGGAACAUUAGCUGUAUUUGCUGGUCGCCUUAUUGAAUUAAAUCAGCAAGGAUGAACAUCAACUGGAAACU